AUGGACACCAAAAGCAACACCGUUAUCCUAAGGUCGUCGGACGACUGGAGAAAGUGGAUAGAACAACUCCGAACAGAGGCAACAAAGGAGGAUGUUUGGGAAUAUAUUAACCCAAAUCCGAACCCGGAUGAUAUGGAGCUUGAUUCAGCACCGACCAAGCCCAUAAGACCGACGAAGCCAACCCUGAGCGACCAGGCCCAGAACGCCGCUAAUAAUGUGCUGUUAACUCAGACAUACCAAACCGAUAUGACCGCAUAUCAAUUCGACCAGAUUAGGUACCAAGAACACCAAACUCGUAUGAAGAAAGUACGCGGCCAUAUUCUCAACACGGUGUACGUGGGACACAAGCCUAUGAUUAGGGAUAUUAGCGACGUUAAAGAAAUUGUCAAAAAGCUUCAAGGAAAGCUUGGCCCUAAAGAAGGACGAGAAAAAUCCUUGCUUACCAAGCGAGAGCGAGAGCUCACCCAACCAAAACGAGGCAUGAAGCCCAAAGAAUUAGUAAAGAAAUGGCGAGACCUCAGAAUGGACAUGAAUCUUGCUAAUUUCACAGCAAUUCCGUCAGAACAAUUGACAAGGGACUUCAUUGAUUCAACCGAGGGCGUUUUACCUAAAUUUCACGACACUUGGUCAACUAGGAUUAUUGAUUUGGACUCCGGCAUGAGCGACAGCUUGCUCAAAAAGGUGCCAGAUAUCGACGAUAUCAUGGAUUCUUUCGAUCGCUGGGUCGAGGAUUACACCAAAUCAGAACGACCUUCCCAAAGAGAUAUCGCCAUGGCCACAUUGGACGGUAAAACGGAUCAACCUGGGAAGAACGAUCAACAAUCUGCAAAUCAAAAAUCUUAA